AUGUAUAGCCUUCUCGGCCCCUCUCUGUUUGCAUCCCUCGUUGCAGCUCAUGGUCACGUCACCAACAUCGUCAUUAACGGUGUCUCCUUCGAUGGAUGGGACAUAAACAGUUAUCCUUAUGCACAAUCGCCUCCAGUCGUGGCGGCUUGGGGUACCCCAAACACUGCCAAUGGCUUCAUUGCUCCCGAUGCGUACACGACCUCGGAUAUCAUCUGCCAUCUCGAUGCUACUAAUGCUAAAGGCCACGCGGUAGUAGCUGCCGGUGACCGAGUCUUCCUUCAGUGGACCCCCGACUGGCCAGAAUCGCACCAUGGGCCGAUCAUUGAUUACCUCGCUAGUUGUGGCGCGAGUGGUUGUGAAACUGUGGAUAAAACCACCCUCGAGUUUUUCAAGAUUGAUGGUGUGGGACUAGUUGAUGGAACAACUGUCCCAGGAUUCUGGGCCGAUGAUCAGCUCAUAGCCCAGGACUCGGGAUGGAUGGUCGAAAUUCCUCCCAACAUCGCACCUGGGCAUUAUGUCUUGAGACAUGAAAUGAUCGCACUCCAUGGCGCAGCCACUGAGGGUGGGACCCAGAAUUAUCCCCAAUGCUUCAACCUACAAAUCACUGGUUCGGGGUCAGACCAGCCAACAGGUGUCUUGGGUACUGAUCUGUACCGUCCAACGGAUCCUGGCAUUCUCGUGAACAUUUACACAUCUCUGUCAACCUAUAUCGUCCCGGGACCAACUCUUUACGCUGGUGCUGUCUCAAUCACGCAAACGACCUCGGCAAUCACAGCUUCCGGUACACCGGUAACAGGGACAGGUGGUGCUACCGGCGGUACCACUACAACUUCAACCUCGAAGGCCACCACCACGACACUGGUGACUACCACAAGCACCACUAGCGCUACCAUUGCUACCAGUAAGAUCACAACCACCACUGCUGCUGGCGGGGGUGGAGCAACCCAAACUCCCUAUGGACAGUGCGGAGGAACCGGUUGGACAGGGGCAACUGCAUGUGCGUCGCCAGCAGCCUGUUCUUCGUUGAACCCGUGGUAUUAUCAGUGCGUUCCAACUGCUGUCUGA